AUAAACGACUGCGGAUUGUAUAGUUUAUUUAAUUCUUAAUACUUAAAUCAUUUUAUUAAGGGAAGUUAUCGGGUUUCAGUGUCAGAAUAAACAAAACUACCAUUUAGAUAUACAAAUCGUUCAAUUAAUUUGACAAAUUGCUUUAUAAUUGCUCAAGAGAUAUGAGUUUUAUUUCAAUAUAAAUGCGGUAUAUAGGUAAACAAUGAACAUUUCUAUAUCAAUAUGAUUUAAAUUAAUGAAGUAUCGAUUGCAGCUACAGGCGAAAAUCAAUAAAAAAGAUCAAAAGCUUCUUUACAUUUGUAAAGCUUCACUGAUUUUUGCGAAUAAUUAUAAUAAGCCGGUUUGGCACUCUGAUUCUAUUUGUUUUUGAAGAGCAUUAUUUUCUUCAAUAAGUACGGAAAGUAACGAUUUAUAACGGAAUAGUAUUACGUACUUAAGGAAGAUUGGAUAUAUUAAUUCGUCAGCAAGGAAUAUAAUUCGCAAAUAAGGAUGUCAGAUGACGCGCAUGCGCAUACAACCAUUGAUGAUAUAGAAGAACAUUAUGAAGAAAAAGAUGACUCUAGGCCAUUUUUUCAAAGACAAAAAUAUGAGGUGGGUAUUUACAUCACCGUGUAUGACGCUGUCCCUGUUGAAGAAAAGAGCCAUGGACUUGAGCAUUUCUUCAGAAUGAAAACCACAGAAAUAUUGUACGAUGAAUUUGCUAAAAUGGAUCUAGUUGACAUUCGCACAGAAUUUGAGAAACGCCACUCCCUUCCUAAAAUGUAUAUAGAACGAUUCGAACCAGGAAUCGUUAUGGCUGUUGGAUUCGACACUAUCGAAGCGCUUGACGAACUUUGGACGAUGUACAAAGAAGAAAAACUAAAUGCUUUGAUAGAAAGUAUCUUGAUAACAGCCGGUGAUUUGAAAGCAGCGUCCUUAAAAGAUGUUACCUUGAAAACAAAACUUUGGGAAGAUGAGUAUGACGUUUGUAGACAAGAGCUGGAACCUGAUAUGAAACAAAGACUGGAUAUUCAAUUCAGGCCAAAUGACACGAAGAUGGUUAAACGACUCAAAGCUUAUCAAAAAGUUAUUGCCGAAGAUAUACUGCGCAUGCGCGACCUUGAUAACGAAAUCGAAUUAAACAGGAACGAGUUCAUGAACUGUAUUCGUAACCUGCUUCCCGAAGAUGUUGGUCAUAUUCCAACUCUUAAAGAUUAUGAAAUACUUGUUCAUUCACCGAAAGCAGAACACAUGUUCCACAAAAAAUUGCUAGAUCUAUAUUCCAGUAUAAUUCAAAAAUGGCGCCAAUAUUACGAAACGUAUGGGAAAGAAAUUGUCAUGCCGUUGAAGCAGCUUCAUGCAGUUUGUGAAAACCAGAAACAAAAAGACAUCAAAACAAAGAUCAUUCACAGCAUACAAGAAAUGCAGGCUAUGUUAUGUGAUGAUUAUGAUUUGAGAUUAGUCACUCAUGCAGAGACAGAGAAAAAGAUGGCUCGGCGAGAAUAUCCGGUAUUCCGUGGUCUUCUUAGUCUCAUACCCAUUGGUGCAGAACGUAUUUCAGACAUAGACAUACAACUAGAUGAAUAUAUGAGAGAGUUUAAAGUGUGAUUGAAACUUAAAUUGACACAAAAUAUUGACCUUUCUUUAUAACCUACGUCAACAUAAUUAUCGGCUCUUAAUAAAAACCACAGGUAGUUUUGAUAAUUAGUUAGAUAUAUAUUUUUACUGCAAACAAAUAAGUGAACCCAAAUUACUCUUAUGUAAUAAUAAUUAAUUUUGAAGCAUUAUGCCUGACAAUGGAAAACAAUGGAUUUCCAUUGAUGACUGGGACGAAAGUAUUGAAGAAUAAUUUGCUAUAUAGUGUUCUGCUCUCCAUGUCAUUGAAUCUUUUUAUUUGUGUGUGCGUACGUGCAUAUGUGUGUGUUUCUUAAGAUCUUCAAUUACAUACUAAUCAAAAGACGAUCUGCAUGUUUUACUUAUAUUAAGAUUGAGAAUCUAAAUUUUCUAAAUUAACUUUACAAAGCCAGAAUUACAAUUCCAACAAGCGGUCGAAAAAAGUACCAAUUUCACUAUGUCACAUUUAUAUAUAUAGCGAGAGUAAAUAUAUGGCUAACGUGCAAAACAUUCCCUGACUAAUUUUGUAACUGUCGACAUGCUUUAAGUUAUGCCUGUUUAUUUAUAUUUGAGGAAUUAAUUGCGCACCGUUUCUUUGGAUAAGUGUUUGAUAACGAUGUUAGUUUUUAAAUAGGCUAAAUGUUUCUUAAUUGUUUGUACAUUUGUACUACGUUUUGAGUUCGCAGCAUUGGAUUGUCUUUUAUUUCUAAGAAAGUAUUCUUUUUAACAAUCAUCUUUCAUAAAAACUGUGCAAGCACGUUAACGUUUACGGAGAAUGAAAACAUGCUGAUAAGCUUAUAGCAACGAUGGAACUGGUAGUUUCAUUGUCAAAUCACAUCGCAUUAUCAAGUGAAAAAAAAAGAAACCUUUGUCUUAAUGCGAAAAACAAAUAACGGAGGGCAGAAUUAUCUAAUCAAACGUA